AUGUAAAGGCAUAGUACAGUUCAUAGCAGGAGAACAGAAGCCAGUAGUCAGAAAACAUUUAUACUCUGAAGCCUGUGGGGCCUUCAGGACCAUAUAACAUAUUUCUGCUCUCCAAAUGAACGGCCAUUUACAUCUGAAAUAUUCUGAUGUUGCAAAGUUUACCGUGAUCUACAACAGAAAUAGCAACUACAUGUGUAAGCCAAAAACCAAAGAUGGAGCAUAGCUUGCAGAAGAAAAUGUACACAACUGAAAUCACCUGAAAUCCAGUACUGAGCUGUGCAUUUGCCAUCAGUUUAUAGGCAAUUUCUGGGCUGGAGGCUGAUUUUGGUGCUGCAUAAGCAGGUUAUGCAGCGUAAAUUCUACAGUUCUUUAUAUUGAUUUAAACGUUGUUUUAAAAUGUUUAGUGGAAAAACAGUGGCUUUACCACAGCAAAGUAUAUAAUGCCAAGUAUUUGUAAGGCAACGGUACCAGUAUGCUGCUUUAUUUUUGGCUUCCUGUACUUUUUCCUCAUUUAUACAGAAGGAACUUUUAAAUGCUUGAGUAGGCAUGGAGGAUAAAAUACUGAAAUCAAUCAAGUAUUUUGACAAUGCCAGUAUUUAAAUGACAGCCUUCAUGGGAGCGUGCCACAGGAAGAUCUGUUUCUUGGAUGCAUCCCAAAAGCUCCCCAGAUAUCCAAUGUCAUGCAGCAAUCCCUAUGGACUCCCAGCAGAAAAUGCAACAUUCAGCAGAAAAGCAGCUUGCUCACUUCCCUGGUUCUCUGCACCCCAGGUUUCUGGUAUUCCUGAUAAAUUCCCUUCUGUCUUCCUUCAGUUUUAUUGCCCUCUGGACUUCCAGCUACUGCCAGAAAUUACUUUACAAAGUUCAACACUGACUGAUUUUUAUGUUGUUCCUUUAGCCUUUGCUGUGGUGUGCCUGCUGCUGUUAACUGUGAUGACGAUUUCAGACCCUUCAACUCAAGUCUUGAUAGAGAAAGAACCCAGAAGGCAGAGGGCGGUGGCCCCGCAGUGCUGAGGAACGGAGUCCCGGGCGCGCUGCCGGAGCGCGGGGCUGGCGCCGCUCGCUGGGAGCGCUCAGCAUGAGCCCGGCCGUACGGAAGGUGGAGGCUUCGGGCGAGGGCCGCUUCGUCUGCGUGCAGUGGGAGGACGGCAGCGAGAGCAGCUACCCCUGCGUCUGGCUGAGGGACAGCUGCCAGUGCCCCCUCUGCUUCCUGCCCUCCGCCGGAGCGCGCAGGCUGCUCCUCGAGGAUUUGGAUAUCAACAUCGCGGUGAAGCAGGUUGCUCUGGCAGAUAGCAAAAAGAUCUCUAUUACGUGGCCUGAUGAACACACAAGUGAAUAUGAAGCUGAGUGGUUGAAAAAACGAUGCUUCUCUGAAGAAGCCAGAGCUGUAAUGCAAGCAGAUUUAUUUUUACCAGAACGUCAGUACUGGGGCUCAGACCUUCAACUUCCCGAAAUAGCUUUUGAAGAAAUCAUGUACAAUGAUGAAAGUGCAUACAAGUGGUUGUGCACCCUAAAGAAAGUAGGAAUUGUUCUACUGACAGGAGCUGCUACAAGGCAGGGAGAAUUGAUUAGACUUGGCCACAGGAUUGGGUUCCUUCGUCUCACAUUUUAUGGACCAACUUGGCAAGUGCAAGACAAAGCAGAUGCUAACAACGUAGCUUAUACAACUGGGAGACUCUGUUUUCACACUGAUUAUCCAGUUCUGCAGCAUCCACCUGGGGUUCAGUUUCUUCACUGUAUAAAGCAAACAGCUGCAGGAGGUGAAAGUGAAGUUGUAGAUGGAUUUCAUGUAUCCAACAAGCUGAAGAAACAAAAUCCUGAGGCAUAUCAGAUCCUGACCUCUACUGCUGUAGACUACACUGAUGUUGGGGUGGAUUACUGUGAUUUUGCCGUGCACUGUAAACAAACGAUUAUAGACACGGAUUCCAGAGGCCAAGCAAUUCGCAUCAAUUUUAAUAAUGCAACAAGAGACACUGUGUUUGAUAUACCAGCUGAAAAAGUGAGGCCAUUUUAUGCAGCUCUAAAGGAAUUUAAUGAUUUAUUGAACAGCGCAGAACAUAAGUUUACUUACAAGCUGAAACCAGGAGACAUACUGACAUUUGAUAACUGGCGUGUGCUUCAUGGUCGCCAAAGCUACCCAUCCUGUACAGAAGUGACACGUCACCUGGAAGGUGCCUAUGCAGACUGGGAUGUAGUCAUGUCAAGGCUCCAGCUCCUUAGGAAAAGGGUCCUGAAUAGGGAUUGAGCUUUCUUCUAACUAGAAUGAGCGAAACGUAAAUUAUCUAACCUCAGUCACAACAGCAAUAUUAAAAAAAAUGAGUCUUCUUUUCAGAAACUAAUAUCACUUCUGAUAUGUCAUAGAACCUGGCUUGUCAUAGAACCAGGGUAAAGGCUUUGAACUGACAGAGGGUAGGUUUUGAUUAGAUAUGAGGAAGAAAUUCUUUACUGUGAGGUACUGCAACAGGUUGCUUAGAGAAAAUGUGGCUGCCCAGUCCCUGGAAAUGUACAAGGCCAGGCUGGGUGGGGCUUGCAGCAACCUGGGAUAGUGAAAGGUAUCCUUGCUUAUUGCAGAGGGAAUGAGAUGGUCUUUAAGGUCCCUUUCAACCCAAACAAUUCUAUGAGUCUGACAUAAAUAUAUUUUUGAUUUCUAUAAGCUAAGAAACAUUUUGUUCAUAACAAUUUAUCUGUGCCCUGGUCUUUGAAUCUAGGAAAUAUAUUGCUAUGUCUGUAAGUUGAUGUGCUUUUAUAAAAGCAGCGUGCAAAGUGCCUUGAAAGAUUGUCACUUCACUGGACUGACUGCGGAUCACAAUGCCUUCCUUUGCCUCUACCUAUCUACCUGCCCUCCCUAGAAGGCUUGAAAGGUAAAACGAAAAAGGUAUCGUUAACUAAAUUUUGUUAUAAACGGCACCUUCCUUUAUUUUCAGAGAAGCAUUCUUUAUUGCAUAAAUCAUAACUAAAAUUCACUAUCAAAAAAAAAAAAACCACACUGUUUUUUUAUUUUAGGUAGGACUCUGCUGUAAUGCAUGAUGUCAUUGAACACAGGCUGUAUUUAUCCAUUUAUACAUCCCCCUGUACAUGUUUUGAUUAUCACAGCCACAAAUAUUUUUUUUUACAUUUCCACGUCCGUAAGCUCAGAAAUCACAAACCUACCGAAGACUGCAUCAUAUUAAUGUUCCUCUGCAUUAGGAAGAUAAAUCACUCCUAGCGCAGAGGUCGUAGACAGGAUCGGAAAUCCUAUCAGAGGCCAUGUACAGACCUAAGCUCUGUACAGCAGAUUUUUGAGUAGAGUCAAAAGGAGGAAUGCUGAUGGUGCUUGGUGGCUAGAAACGACAAAGCAGAAGUGGGUAUUGACUUUGCAUGUGACAGAAAUGUGGCAACUGAACCCAAAUUCAUUUUUGUUACACCUCCAAUAGGUCUUUAGGAUGUUUUCCUCUACUCUGGAUUCUGAAUAAAAAUCACAUUAUCUAGAAAUGACUGCAGCCAAAGCAGUGGAGUUCUUUCCGUACAUUCAGAUGCCAAAUGGAAAAAGAAAGAAUGUCAAAGUACUUGUUUUCAUACUUAGCAACAUGUCCACUGAGUUUAUUUUUCACUGUUCUUAUAGCUGCAGAGUUAACAGGAUACCUCUCACCAUGCUGUGAGCUGGACAAAAUAACCACUCUUCCACCCUCAAAUCCUUCUGUUCAACUGUGUAUUUUCAAACUGUUCCUUCCAAGUCAAAUAAAUCCCAGUCUCUUCUUGGAAGGGUAAUACAAUAGAACUACAAUUACAGAAUUAAAUAACCGUAGAAUUAAAAUAAGGCCGGGUUAGAUGGAGCUUUGAGCAACCUGAUUCAGUGGAUGGUGUCCCUGCCCAUGGCAGGGGGACUGGAACUGGAUGAUCUUUAAGGUCCCUUCCAACCCAGACCACUCUAUGAUUCUGUGACCUAAGAUCAGUUUGCAAACACUUCCAUAGCUCCUGCUCAUCAUUUAACAACAGAGAUCAGCUGAAUAAUCAGAUAAAACUCAAAUAAGCCUUUUUGUCAUAGGGCAGUUUGAAUGUAGUCCUCUUUAUUAAAUAGUGAAAUGUUAUUGUCAAAGUUAUGACCUCAUUAAAUAAUCUAACAAAUCUGGAGUUUAGGGGUAAUUAAAUCUCUCAGUGCCUUCUUUAAUAAUUUAUUCUGGAAACAUGAGAAAAAAAAAAUUUUUGUCUUUGCAAUAAAAAGGGAAAAGCUGAGGAAUGAUUAAUACCUAUAUUCAUAAUGCUCUGCAUUAACUGUGAUAUUUUCCAUAUAAAAACGGAGUGAAUGUUGCAAUUUAUAACUGUUAAGAUAUCUUGUGAUUUAUACCAGUCUUUAAUAGGGAAGAGAUAUUUUCCACUUGUAUUCUGUACUUUUCUGCACACUUCCAUUCAAAUUUCUUUUUAUUAAAAGCAUUUAUGGAACUGA